CAUAACGUGGCUAAUUUGCAGCUCUUUUCUUUGUCAAGUUUAUUACUUUUCGUUGUGACAUUUGGGGCGAAGACUACACAUGAACAUGUCAGACAAAUCGAAAAAGAGCAGCGGAGGAAGUGUUGUUAUGGAUAGCACGAAAACAACAGACCAGGCGGAAUGCAACGUUACAGAGACGGACUCUUUCUUCCACAGCUAUAACAUAGAUUUGGAUCCAGCAGAGGAAUACAAGAUGGGCAACAAACGGCGAGGCCUUGCUCUGAUUUUCAACCAGGAGCGCUUCUUCUGGCGCCUGGCGUUGCCUGAAAGACGUGGAACCACCGCAGACCGUCUCAACCUGGAGAAAAGACUGCAGGCGCUAAACUUCGAAGUCAGGAGUUAUGAUAACUAUAAACAGGUGGAAGUCCUGGAUAAAAUCUGUGAAGCUGCUGAAGACGAUCACUCGGAUGCCGACUGCUUUCUGCUGGUCUUCCUGAGCCACGGCGAGAAUGAUCAUGUUUACACCUACGAUGGCAAGAUCAAUCUCCAAGAUAUCACGUCCAUGUUCAAGGGAGACAAGUGCAAGAGUCUUGUGGGAAAGCCUAAGAUUUUUAUAGUGCAGGCGUGCCGUGGGGACAAACACGAUGAGCCCGUGACAGCCUGCGAUGCCGUGGACAACGACCUGAAGGUUAAUGAGGUGGUGGUGGAUGCCAGUGCGGUGUACACACUCCCCUCUGGGGCCGACUUCAUCAUGUGCUACUCUGUGGCUGAGGGUUACUAUUCCCACCGAGAGACCAUCAACGGCUCCUGGUACAUCCAGGACCUGUGUGAGAUGCUAAAAAAGUACGGAGACUCCCUUGAAUUCACAGAGUUGCUCACACUGGUCAACCGAAAAGUGUCAAUGAGGAGCGUUGGGAACUGCAAUGACAGGAGCGCCAUUGGGAAAAAACAGGUGCCCUGCUUUGCAUCCAUGCUCACCAAGAAACUCUACUUUAGACCGAAACAUUAA